AAGACCUAAAACUAAACCAUUGUAUUACAGAUUGAUGAAAUGUUGUUAUUGCUAAUUGGAUUUCAUGAUUUCAACUAAUUCAGAUCAAUCAGUUUACGAGUUUUGAAAGAGAGACAAAGAUAAGAAACAUGGGAAACACAGAGAGAAUUGAAAGUAUGAAGGAAUGGUUCAAAUCAUCACAAGCACUUCUUAGUAUGUUAUUAGUGCAAAUAUUUGCAACUGGGAUGCAACUUCUAUCAAGAGUCAUUUUGGUUCAAGGGACUUACAUUUUUGCACUCAUUGCUUAUCGACAUAUUGUUGCUGCUAUUUGUGUUGCUCCUUUUGCACUCUAUUUUGAAAGAGGACAGGCGAAGAAGUUCAAUUGGAGAGUUUGGUUCUGGCUUUUCCUUAACGGAUUCGUGGGGAUGACAAUGGCUCUAGGGUUAUUCUAUUACGGUCUUCGAGACACAACUGCUACUUAUUCCGUCAACUUUCUCAACUUGGUUCCUAUAUUGACAUUCUUAACUUCUAUCAUAUGCAGAAUGGAGAAUUUGAAGAUUGGAACAUGGGGUGGUAGAGCCAAGUGUAUAGGAGCUAUUAUGUGUGUUGGUGGAGCAUUAGCAACGAGUCUUUACAAAGGGAAGGAAUUUUAUAUUGGUCAUCAUCAUCAUCAUCAUCAUCAUAGUCACCAUUCUGCUGAGAUUAGUGCUGUUGCAGCACACAAAACUCACAUGUUUCGUGGCACUUUCUUUUUGGUUGGAGCAUGCUGUUCUUACACUGCUUGGUUUAUUCUUCAAGUAAAAUUGGUGAAAGUAUUUCCAUUGAGGUAUUGGGGAAUAAUGCUAUCAUGUGUUAUGGCCGCAAUUCAAUCAGCAACAAUAGGCGCAUGCCUAAAUCAAAGUAAAGAAGCUUGGAGAUUAGACUGGAAUCUACAGCUGAUUACUAUACUAUACUCGGGAGCAUUGGCUACAGCUGCUACAUUUUGUUUACUAACAUGGGCAAUUAAAAUUAAGGGACCUACUUUCCCUCCAAUGUUCAAUCCAUUGGCUCUUGUUUUCGUUGCCAUAUCUGACACUAUCAUACUUGGUGAACCACUCAAAGUUGGAACGUUGUUAGGCAUGGUUUUGAUUAUAAUAGGAUUGUACUAUUUUUUGUGGGGUAAAAGGAAUGAAAUGCCACGUUUGCCUCAAACAAGUGUUGCAGCAGCAGAAUUAUCAACAAGCAUGGAUGAUCAGCCUAUUGUGUCUCAAUCAAAAGCUGUCGUAGUACCAACUUCUUCACCAAAUGAGAGUGUACAUCUUGAUGUUGAUAAAUCUGAUAAAAACUGAUUAUUUUUUAAUCAAAAUCCUACAUUGUAAGCUGAAAUUAAACCAGUAAAUUAGAAUAAUUUUGA